AUGUCGAAAAAGCCCAGCUUUUUGCAAACGUCACAGGGUAUACCUGUUGAACCUGUUACGCAUCAGUCGUCUCUAUCAGAAUCCAUACAAAAGACAAGCCCCAAUUUAGGGGUUCCAAUGCAUCAUGAUUCGGGAUCCGACAGAUCAGAUAUUCUGCUGUCACCAACAAAGAACGGCGAAUGCUACCCAGUGGACAAUGCAACAGUUGCGGAUAAGGACGCUAUUAUCAGACACAUAAGCAAGUACUAUAGUGGAUCUGGAUACAAGGGAUUUGAAGAUACUGAGAGCGCAAAAAAUGUCAUGGAGAUGAUGGCCAUUCGAAUGCCGCCUGAGCUGCAACGUGCAAUUUUCAAGAUUAUACAGCAGACAUCGUCCCAUGAGGUACUUGAUAGUAUUGCGAAUUCUGCUGAAUUCAGCAGUCGUUGCAAUGAUUAUAUCACGGAAGCAAUCGAAAAAUGCAAUUGGAUCUUACUGGAAGAUUUGAUCAAGUCUCUUAAGCAUAUACCCAUGAAACUGCAUAUGCUUAUGACAUAUGGGAUAGGACGAGCGGUUCGACGAAUAAGAGAUAAAGCGAAGCAGGCUGAUAAAGGACAGCUGGAACAGCAGGCUGAAGAACUAAUGCGGCAAUGGGCUGCUAUGAAAGAAAAACUCAACGGUGAUGAUUCCUCCACAGGGUCAAAUUCAAAUACACGUCUGGCUUUACAAAAGGAUCCUCCACAGCGUGCCAAAGCUAUCACAACCAAGGACUUCUUUACGAGCCUCGUCUCCACCAACAAACCAAGAGCAAGCUAUGUUAUUCGGCCAGCAACACACAGCAACACCGCCUCUGGAACAGAUAGCAGCCUAGAGGAUUGGAAGAGCUCUGCGUCAGGAAUGAUUAAACGACCCCUAGGCGAUCAAAACGAUCGGCCUUCCCGAAAGCGGGUGCGAUUUGAAGCAGACCAUCGGCUAGUACAGAUACGGGAAUAUGAUGUUGAUCCGGAAGAAUGGGAGAUGUUGAAUCCUAUCCCUGAUGAUAAGAGGCCUGGUGUUAUUGAUACGCCUGAAGCGCAGCAUCAGCGUGCUCGUGAGACUAUCGUACCUGCUGCAGUAUAUGCCAGCCCACAGCAGAUACCUCCAUCUCCAGCUGAACCACAGCAGGCGGAUAUUAUCGAGAACAAUGUUCAUGUUAAAGUCAUUCCGUUAGACGACGUUACAGCGCAGGAAAACUAUUCAUAUGCACACCCUGAAGAAGUAUCUGACAAUUUUCUACCUACACAGCAAGGAUCUCCAGUGGGAACAACUGUGGCCGUGCCAACUGUACCUCAGGUGAAUAUCACCCCUUUGAUGGAAAACACCGAGCCGCAACCAUCAGUAACCCAAGUAUCGCAAAUGCUAUUGAACAAUCCUGGAAUCAUGCAGAUGUUCCUAGAUAUGCUCCAAUCUCAGCAGCCUGAAUCUGCUGAUCUUCUGCCGGAGCGUGACACGCGUGUACACCCAUCACAACUUGUAGAUACCAAACAAGAUGGUAGAGCAAGUAGUUCUCGAGAGAGCACCUCAAGCCCUGAUAUCCGCUAUGAGACUCAUGCAGCGAGGCAAAGUGGACAACGACCUAGAAGAAAACGACCGCCAAAAUGCAGGUAUUUUGGGACAUAUCGUGGGUGCCGAUUUGGUGACAACUGCAACUUUCUCCAUGAACGCGAACCUUAA